AAUGUAACCAUACACCCAGUUUUCCAGGCUUCUGAACUGAGUGGCUGUUGGAGGGAAAAUAGUCCAGUGUGUUAAACCCAUUACGCUGUCCUUUUAACGCUAAGGGUAGAAGCCAGUAACACGUCCGUUCAUUCAGGUACUCGUUUGAGCAGGGUCAGUUCGCCGUCUACAGAUCUGACAACUUGGCCAGCCAUUCAGCGACUUCUCCAGACAGCGAUCUCUUGUUUCAGAAAUGGCAGAAGAGAAAGCAAAAAGCUUCAUCGAGGACAGUACUGCUGUCGACUCCGGGGCCUACUCUGCUAACUAUGGCGCUCAUCGUGUUGGGAUCUCCAUGCAGGAAUCGGUGGAGUAUUACUCCAGAUGGGCAGAGGACGGCAAAUAUGAACAAGACUUAAGUUUAGAACGUUACAAGGGACCAAUCUUUGCUGCCACUUUCCUGGCAAACCAUUUCCAGGACAACAGAGCAUCGACAAAAAUAUUAGACGUUGCGGCAGGAACAGGAUACGUUGGCGAACAGCUUCAGACGCGGGGCUUUAAGUCUGUAGAUGCUCUAGAACCAGCCGCAGGGAUGCUGGAACAAGCCAGGAAGAAGAACGUCUACACCAACCUGUACUGUGAGUUCCUGGACGACAAACGUCUCCCCAUAGAGGACGACACGUACGAUUGCUGUGUCACGUCAGGGGGGAUGGGAGAAGGGCACAUUCCAUGUGACGGCUUGCACGAACUCGUCAGAAUAACCAAACCAGGGGGUCUUAUCUGCAUCGUGAUGAGGGAGGAAUACUUGUCUCACGUGGGGGAGUACAAAGACAGACUAGAGCCACUGAUGCAGGAACUAGAGGAUGAUGGGAAAUGGGAACAAUUGUCACGUGAUGUCGUGCCAAAAUACUCGUUUGACAACAAUGGGGUUGUCUUUAAAUUCAAGAUAUGUUAAUGAUUCAUAGUAUUGUACAUGUAUAUGUUGCAUUCAAUUCCAUUUAUAACUUAUACAUCGUUGCAAUUGUGCAUAUUUUUGCAAUCGGUAUGAAAGUGGUGGUGAGACAUUGGGUUAUGUGUGACACUAUAUACCAUGACAUUUCCAGAUAAGAAAUAAAUAUUUUCAUAACAUUUUUGUGAAAAUUCUGAAUUCCUAAAACCGCGAAAGAGCUCAAACUCAUCACGUGACAUUAAUGUCGCUAUAUUGUUUCAAGAUUUUACUGUAGCUCUGACGGGAGUUUCUUGGGUGCUAUAGUUUUAUGUUCUUUACUCCGCUUGUCUGUUGAGAUAAUUUAUAUCAUUUGUCAUUUCAAUAUCGACGGGGACAGAUACGUGUUUAGUUGUUCAUAAAAAAAAAAAAUUAAAAAAAAUUUUGAGAAUCACUUCAUAUACCUGUCAUUUGAUACUCUCCCCAGAUUGAGUAAAGAAACGGUUUUUACACCUGGGAAACCGUAAAAAAACUCAUUAAUGCUAACAUUAUUCUCUACCAUCAAUGACAUCGUUAAAAUGUGUUUUAUGCUGCUUUGAACAGUAUACAUUAUAUAUCAUGGCGUGUUAGAUUUAUGUGGGAGGACGUUUGUUGAACCAGCAGCAUAGGAAAGAUUCUUACAGUCGGUAAAGAUAUGGAUUCGAACCUUCGACCAACAUGACACGACCAAGGGAGAACCAAACAAGCGGGUCACCCGUUUACUACUUAAUCAACCAUCAUAAUAUCUUUUAUAAACCUGGAAAGAAAUUAAGCAAGAAACUUGUAGAAACAUUUACAAAUGAGAUUGAUGUCAUUUCAGAAAAUACCUACGAUACUCACACUACCUGAUGGUACAUAUGUAAAGAAACAAUCUGUGUUAUUCUAAAUGAAUGCAAGUGCUGGUUCACAUCACGUGAUGGGGACACACACACACACACACACCGCCGUGAUAUUGCUGGAAUAUUACUGCAAGCGGCGUAAAACUACCCUCACUCACAUCAUGCAAUGGAAGGGAGCGGAGGAAACAAGUGGAAUACAGAAAUUACCAUUACCAAGAAACAAUUACCAAUUUUUCCAUGGAACCUUUUAUUGGAUAUUGGUUUCCGUGUUUGAUUAUUUCAGCCAUAUAGCGACUUCUGUAUAAAAAGGGUACGAUUUUCUAAAAUUUUACUUUAUAUUGGCGAAUACAGGAAGUUAUGUUUAUUUUUUCCCAAGUGUAUACUUGUCAAGUGAGUGUACGCUUUCACUUCAAAUGACAUUUUUAAUUUGGAUUAUAAUUCUGUUAUUGUUUGUGCAACAUUUUUAUGUAUACUAUGCAAGAUAUUGACUUGAAUAAAAAAACAAAUGGAA